AUGCCUGACACGGACCGGAACAUGGCACCCACCACCAAAGCACAAACCCGCAAAGCACCAUCGGGGUCGGAAAAUGCUCCCCGGAAAAGAAGAAAGAGAACGGUGGUCAGCGGCGCCGCCGAUGAUUGUUUCACUUGUGCCCGGGAAGGCACAAAAUGCGACCGUCGGCGGCCGUACUGCUCCCAGUGCCUUACUCUUGGUCGAGAGUGUUCAGGCUACAAAACCACGCUGACCUGGGGUGUCGGCGUCGCAAGCCGCGGGAAGCUCCGAGGCCUAUCGCUACCUGUCACGGGGUCCCAGCCAGCCUCAAAGUCGCCAAAUUCUCGUCGCUCGACUGGCUCCCCAAAGCAAUCUGACAACUCGGAAUUCCCGACUGCGACAACGAGAGCCCCCUCUUCCGAAAGAUUCUCCUCCGUCGCCACACCGACAGUGCCCUGGUCUCAGCAAGAACAGCAAUCAUCCCCACGAUCCGAUGCCGUCAGCGAUACGUCGGGGUCUACGGGGUUGCCUGAAAGUCACCCAUGGCCUGGUUCACCGGCUCCAUAUGUUCCGGGUCACCAAUUGUGGAACCAACCGUACUAUCAGCAAAUGGGAGCCGCACAGGAUGUGAUAAACCCACAAAUUCCGCCCCCUAUGAUUGGCAUGCUGCCAGCACAGAUACACACAACAUCAGAGAUAUCGCAGUGGCCCACAGCAUCACAGGCUUUAGAAACCCAGGAAACGAAAGCGGGCCGUGAAGAGUUGGAAAGACAAACGAGCCGGAAAAGUCCUUCGUGGAUUAGCACCUCCCAUUCGCCGUCAUUUUCACAACUGCUUCUAGCACGCUCUGUUGGACGUACGCCGCGGUUGCAAUACCUGAUCAGUUACUACGCCGAGGUCAUUGCGCCCAUGAUCGUUGCCUUCGAUAGCCCUACAAAUCCCUUUCGCACCCAUGUCCUGCGGCUAGCGCAGGAGAGCACAUCUCUACAAGAAGCGAUUGCCACUCUGUCGACAAGCAACAUACGACAGCGACGCGAGCGAAGAAUGAUGUCCACCGAACGAACCCUGCCUGCCCGGAUGUCAUCACUGGCCCUUCGGGCAUUGACCGACGAAGCUCUAGGGGAUCAAUAUGGCACUUCCGCAUCGGUAGGAUCCGCGCAAGAGGAACAAUAUCAUCGGUGUAUGGCGGUCAAAGCACUGAAUAUGGAGCUGGCCGAUCCGCAUCAGAGACUCUCUGAUUCGGUCCUCGCCACCCUUCUGAUUCUUUGCUUGUUCCAUGUCUGCGACACGGGAGUUGCUCAGUUCAAAACCCAGUUCGCCGGGGUGACAAAGCUGUUGGCCAUCAGGCUGCGUGCCUCUCCUAGAGUGUCGGAGGAAUUAAAAUGGUUCAUUCGGAUGUUCACGUGGUACGAUACCAUGACAGCCACGACGAACGAUCGUGAGGUGCAGCUCCGUGGCACCUGCUUGGACAUCGCCACGGCCUCUGACGGAGAAUGGGGUCUCGAGAAUCUCGCAGGCUGUGACUCCGGACUUUUCAAGCUGAUUGCGCAGCUAGGUCGCUUGAACAUGCUGAGUCAGAACCAGGAAUCUCAUGCCCCUGCGCUGCCUGAGGUGUAUGUCCCAUCGACCACGCUUCCGCCAUCGAUGGUCUAUCAGCCCUCAGACCCUUCGAUGCUCAAUGCAUCUGGCGCAAACCAACCGUAUCUAUUUCCAUUACCGGUACCACCACGAUCGAGUGACAACGAGCGACGAGCCUUGAGCCCGGCCUUCUGGGCCGAAUGGUUCUCCUACCGGCAAAAACUGGAAUCAUGGAGCCUUCCCUCUCACCGGGCUGGAUCCCAAGGGCCUUUCGAACCUGCGGCUGUGCCUGCUCCUCUUAUAACCCAGGCCUACAUCUCGCCGCCUUCAUCGCCAUCUUCCAACUCCACCGUGGCACCCGAGAAUCUGGACGACGUGUAUCACACCUCGGAGGCAUUCCGCCACGCCGCGAUUCUCUACACCGAGCGUCUCGCCUACCCAGAUAUCCCAUCCCACAACCCGCGCAUCCAACACAUUGUCCACCGUACGAUGCGGCACAUCCUCGCCGUCAAAUCCGACGUCUACCUUCUCUGGCCCCUCUUCAUCGUCGGAUCCGAAAGUGUGCUCGAAAGCCACCGCACCGUCAUCCAGCGGCGCUGUAAAGACAUAUCCAAAGACUCGGGAUUCCUCAACAAUCUAUCAUGUCUGGAACUCCUAGAGAAGAUCUGGGCCGAGAGUCCCGCCUUCUCUAAGCUUGAAGAUGAUCCCUCAGCCGCAUACCCUGUCGCUUAUACCGGUCCCCUAGGUGCCGUGUAUUCAACCUACCCGCAGACCGGCGUUCCGAGGGAACAAGGAUUCCGAUGGCACAAGGUGAUGCAGGCCAAGCGCGCCGAGGGAGAGUAUGCGGUCGUAUGA